CCCCAGAUCUUUUAGCCCCAGACUGGCUUACUUUCUGCUAAGCGAUGGAGGGAAGGUAACCUAAAACACUUCUGAGGGUGUUAAAAACCCCAUGCCCCCUAAUGUAGGGGGCAGAGAGUAAUUUUUUUUAAUUACAAAAAAUUGAGUUGUAGGGGGUCACUGUGAGCCAAUUGGUUUAGACAAUGGCAAACUAUGUUUCCCACAACAUACACAUACAGUUGUGCUGUUCCUGCAGGAUAUUUAUGUGUCCCCGAUUCCCAGGACCUGAAGAUCUUCCGUUACAUUGCCAGAGAUGGCUCCAGCAAUAUUCUUCGCUGCAAUGUCUUCAAGCUAAAAAGAAGAGCCAGGCCAUGCGCAUUGUCCGAACUGUGGGGCAAGCAUUUGAGGUCUGUCACAAGCUGAGCCUGCAGCACACUCAGCAGAAUGCUGAUGGACAAGAGGACAACCAAAGUGAGAAGGACAGUGAGGACUUGGAGGCAUCAGCUCAUGGCCCACCCGUAGCUGAGCCUGUCAGCACUGCUGAGGAAACAGACAUUGAUGCUGUGGACAUUGGACUUCCAGGGAACAACCACUUGGAGUUCAACAGGGGGGUGACGGAUCUUGAUGCUGUUGAUACAGAGUCCCCUGGACUGCUUUCCACCAAGAGUUUGAUUCAUAAAGAGAAUAUCCUAAUGGCUUCUCCGAAGAUGGUGCUUCCUUCUGCUCAGUUGCCUGAAGCAGGGGUCCCUCUGUCUACUCACCAUCAAAUGCAAUUUCUGCAACAGCUCUUGCAGCAGCAGCAGGAACAAACUCAAGUUGCUGUAGCCCAGGUGCAUUUGCUGAAGGAUCAACUGGCAUCAGAGGCAGCUGCCCGCCUUGAGGCCCAGGCCCGAGUACAUCAGCUCCUGCUGCAGAAUAAGGACCUCCUUCAGCAUAUCUCACUCUUGGUGAAGCAGGUGCAAGAACUAGAGGCAAAGCUGUUGAGAACCAGUACCAUGGGCUCUCAGGACAGUUUGCUGGAAAUCACCUAUCGUUCUGGGGCCCUUCCUGUUCUGUGUGACCCCACCACUCCUACUCCUGAGGACACACACCUGCUCCAGUUUGAUCCCAGGUUCUCCACCACUACCAGGUCUCCGGGAAGCCCCUUAGUUGACCAAAGCAUGUUUGAGAAUUCAAACACUACCCCUGUGCCAAAGCUGCCAGUCACUAAACCCGCCUCCCUGCACGCCCAGUCUUUCCCAGGCAUGAAUCUGCAAGGCCAGUUGGACUGGGGCAGAGGAAGCCAACCUCUCAAGAACCUUGGCAAGACUGUGGGUGCAAAAGUCAAUGACUUCCUACGUAGGAAGGAACCUACCAACCAUAGCAACGUGGGAGUAACAGAGAUCAACAAGGGUGCAGGGGCAGCAUUGUCCUGUACACAUAACAUUCUGCAGGAAUGCCAGGAUCAGCCAGAGGGGCAAGCACAAAAUGACUCCAUUCCCCGGCUGAAUCCACCUCCACUGAUUACCAAAAAGCGCACCCCAAGAGCGUUGAAGACCACUCAAGAUAUGCUGAUUGCUCCUCAACCAUUGGUAGGUAGUAUGGAAGACUCGUUUUCUGCAGAAAACCAGGAAUGUUCAUACCAACAUACCAGGACGAAGGGAGACUGGACAGAAAUCAGUUCAUUGACACCAAAGGAUCUCAUUCCUGAUCUCAUUCAUAAGGAGAACCUGGAGCCCAAGAUGAGCACUACUUACAGAAUAUCCUCUUCUGCUUUCCAGGAAGCUCAUGGACUCAACUUAACUGCUGACAAAAGUGAUCCUGAAUGUCAAUUGCAAAUUGGCAUGGAGCUGUCAAAGGCAAAGACAUCCACUCUAGACACUGAAGGCCGCAGCCUAGACUUAUUGUCCUUUGAGUAGAAUUACCUCCUUUAACGAGCCACUGCAGCUCUGCUGUAGCUGUAUAUCUUCCAUAGAUCUGUCACUAUAUUUGUUAUUUGUUGAGCCAGCAUGGUGUAGUAGUUGGAAUGUUGACUAUGACUCUGGAAAUCAGGGUGCAAAUCCUCACUCAGCCAUGGAAACCCACUGGGUGGCUCUCAGCCUUGAGGGAAGGAAUAGGCAAACUCCUCUGAACAAAUCUUGCUGAGAAAAACCCAAAAGGGUUGCCUUAGGGUUGCCAUUAGUCGGAAACUACUUGAAGGUAUACAUAUCCUAAACCACAUAUCAGAACUGAUGCCAUAUCCCCCUGAGAUAGCUUAGUCUCCUCAAGUCAUUUGGGUAGGAAGCAUCUUAAGAAAAAAGCAAGUACCUUUUCUAGCAGCUGGGCAUUCCUACCCCUAUCAUGGGAAAUCAGCUAAUGGGGACAGCCAGCUUGUGCUAGAAUGGCAUUGGGCCCUCAGUGUAGACUGCAUGGGAACCAGCCUGAGCAAAGAUAAUCUUCACAACUGUAAUUUGUGCACACAUGCACAACACAUGCAUGCGUGUAAACACAGGAUCUGCCCCAUAAGCACAACAGGCAAAUGCUAUUGAACAGAGCAGUGCUUCACGUCAACAUUUCUAUCCUUGAUUCUGAUCACAACAGAUGGUUGGUAAUCUAGAGUGCCCUUUGAAAUGAGAGUACUCAGAGAGUGAUACCUCUGCUCUGAGAGCAGUACUCUUCCUUCCAAUGUUGGCCUUGUCUUAUGAGCGCAUGGUAUUUCUCCUUGUCAGUAGUGUCACCUGUAAGUGGGUAAUCCUGUUUUGCUGUAACUUUUGUUGAAGUCUGCAUAUGAUAGCACUUUAAUUCUUCUUUAUGAACUAAAUGCCUUUAUGAACUCAUGCCUCCGCUUACCCUUGCAAAGGCAAAUUUGCAACCACAUUUGGCCUAUUUCUUACUUGUGCCUGGAGAUACAGAACCUACUUUCUGUAUCUGAGUGACAGCCUCCUGAUAAUGUCACUUCAGGUGAAGCUCUAUCCAUCUAGGUGCCCAAAGACUUUGUGUUUUUGUAAAUUUGAUAGUCUCAUUAAGUACAGCAAGAAACUUAACCCAUGAUGAAAUACAGAAGAAAUCCCUUAGACCCUAGUAGCAUCCUGCUCAAAUUCCAUGUUAAUGUUUUCCAGGAAAUGUAGUCUUGCUAGAACCUCCACCCUUACUAGUCCAUCCUAUAACCUUUCUAGAAAUCCUUGGUGCUGGUCUUUAUAUCCCAAACUCAGCACUGGAUAUUUUGAUGAAAAGGAGGGAAGCACUUUGGGUGAGCAGGGUGGGUUGCAACUAACCUGUUCCCUCUAAUCUCUUCAAUGAGUAGACAGUUGUGAGUGCUUGGUGGCUUUUAUCUUCUCUAAUUUCUUCUAAAUUGAAACGGGAAGGAGAUUACAAAGGGGCCUUUCGAUCUGACUUACAAUAAAAAUGCCUGAGCACAUUUGGGAGGGUGACAUGCCUAUUCAGUAAUACUGUCUGGAAAUGCCAGUUUAAUGAUGUCUACCUCUUUGUAUAGGAACACUACAAUUUUUAGUAAGCUCUGGCAACCACUGUAGGUGCUGCUGUAAUUUCCAUAUAGUGCACAAAUAAUGCUGAAUGCUGAAGGACAUCAUGUUUUUAGGUUUCAAAUAUGAAAUCUCAUAAGCUGUCAACUACUGUCCAGUACAAAUUAUGAUGGAAUGUUAUUAAAGGUUAUAUGACAGAAAAAGUA